ACUUACUUCUUGAAGCCUGAUUAACCUAUAAUCCGGUUUUCUCUCUCCUCUCUCUUACAGGGCAAAGAGGGAGAAGGAGAAAGAGAAAGAGAAAGAGAAAGAGCCAUUGCGACUUCCGUUUACCAAAAAAACAAGGACACUCUGAAAUUGUCAACAAACCUUUGCUAACAAAUAAACACAAAAGAAAAUCGCUGUUCCAAAUCCAACAUCAUAAUUGUGCUCUUCUCUUUUUUUUUUAAUUGGAUUAUUGAUUUGUACGGCGGAAGUUACGUUUGUUUGUAUGCUGCUGCUGUUGAAGGCAUACGUUUUGGAAUUUGCUCCCAAAAUUUCUUGUGUGUGACCAAUUUGAGUUCGUUGGGCUUUCACUUUCUGUAUCUGAAUCAACGUGGGUUCUUCCCUUUUGACUCUUUCUCAAGCAACCGUUUUUCUCAAUUUUAUGUCUGGCUUCUUUGAAUUUGUCAAGCUAAUUGCAAUUUGAUAUGAUUGGUGUUGGGUUAUAUCCUUGGGUUCUCUCCAAUCAGCUUCAACAGAGAAUUGGGUCGUUGAAUUUGGGCUGAAUUUUUGUUUUUUCUGGGAUGGAAUUGAGAAUUGACACGGUUGCUAUUGAAAGAUUGGAGCUUUGGUUGUUUAAGAGGAGGAAGGGACUAGGGAUUUCGUUACAGAUUGCAUUUGGUUGGUGGAUUUUUCUACUGUUUCUUCACCCUGUGGCUGCUCUGAGACCCUUGAGGGAGAGAACUCGUUCUUGGGGUGAUGAGUGGCUAUUUACAAGAAAAGAAGAGAGUGAUAUUGGUCCAUUUUCACAAUGGAACAUUACAGGAACUUACAGAGGGACUUGGAAGUUUCUGGAUACUGCAAAUGGCUCUUCUAGAUUUCCAGAUAUCAGAAAAACACGCGGUAGUUCCGUAAUUGAAUUAAUUAGUACGCCCACAAAGAUAACUGGAGUACAUUAUAUCCAGGGGGUCAUUAUAUACCACGAUGUUUUCGACAGUGAAUACGAUGUUGGUGGUGCUCAAAUCAAAGUAGAAGGUGUAUAUAUUUGGCCUUUUCGACAGCUUCGGUUGGUGGCCAACAGUGGAAAAGAGGGAGACUCAAGUCAGGAUGAUGACUAUAUUUUUUCUAAUCCAUAUCAUCUGCUUGGGGUUUUCUCUUCUCAGGUGCUUCAAGAUUCUUCACGAGAUAAGAUAUGGAGAAGAAAACAUUCUCCAAUGCAUGACAUGGAUAAACAUUGUAAUAUUGAAAUCGCUGCACAGAUUUCACGCUUGCCAUCCUCAAAAAGUGACGGCGAGCGUGAUCGUUUUCACCUAGAAGGGUUAAUGGAGAGUCCCUCGGUGGAUGAUGAUGGGGACUGCUUCUCAGCUUUACUGUUAAAUGCAACUUCUGUUAACAUUGAGGUCUAUUACAACAAAGCAGUGAACUAUACCUUGAUGGUUACUUUUAUCUCUUUUGUGCAAGUUCUUCUAUUGAUUCGUCAAAUGGAGCAUAGCAGCACUCAGUCUGGUGCUGCUAAGGUUUCAAUAUUAAUGAUUGGCCAGCAGGCGAUAAUGGAUGCAUAUCUCUGCCUUUUACACCUUACUGCAGGAAUACUAGUUGAAUCCUUGUUUAAUGCUUUUGCAACUGCCGCAUUUUUCAAGUUUGUUGUCUUUUCAAUAUUUGAGAUGAGAUAUCUUCUCGCCAUCUGGAAGGCUAGUAGACCUUUGAGUAAUGGGGAAGGUUGGGAGACAAUGAGGCGUGAACUUUCCGUGUUAUACAGUCGUUUCUAUGGAAUCUUGUUGGGAGGCAUUCUUUUGAUGUAUGAGUUCCAUCAUUAUUUAAGACCAAUUCUUCUUCUUAUGUACUCUUUCUGGAUACCUCAGAUAAUCACCAAUGUUAUUCGCGAUUCACGCAAGCCAUUGCAUCCUCACUAUAUCUUAGGGAUAACCAUUACUCGGUUAGCAAUCCCGUUGUACGUUUUUGGUUGUCCUAACAAUUUCAUGCGCAUAGAAUCAGAUAGGAGCUGGUGUCUUUAUUUGGCUGUAUUUAUUGGGCUUCAAGCCGCAGUUCUUCUUCUUCAGCAUUAUCUUGGGUCUCGAUGGUUCAUUCCUCGUCAGAUACUACCUGAGAAAUAUAGCUACUAUAGGAGGUUUGAUCAAGAUGCAAGACAUGCUUCGGACUGUGUGAUUUGCAUGACAUCCAUUGAUCAUACUCAACGGUCUAAUGACUGCAUGGUGACACCUUGUGAUCAUUUCUUCCACUCUGGUUGUUUGCAAAGAUGGAUGGAUAUAAAGAUGGAGUGCCCAACUUGCCGGCGCUCUCUACCUCCGGCAUAGAGAGACUUUACGGUGUAUGUCCAUAGGAUCAACUGACCCCGGCUCAUCUUCGAAUUUUUUUUGGCAUUAUAUGGUUAAUGGCAUCCAAGUUUUACAUUGUUUUACUUCAAACAUUACAGGGGAGAAAUGAAAUUACACGGGUCUGGUUACCCUUUUUCUUAUGAUAUUAAUGACGGGUUUCAACCUCUAAUAGAAACAAUUUAGUUUCAGAUGCUAUGUUUUCUGUACAUAAAUUUGGGGAAGCAAUCAACUCAAUUGUAAUAUUUUUCCCCACAUAGGAAGUAUAUUUUUAUUCUUUAUAUUUUAAUUGCGUUCAAGUUAGAAUUGCAGUGUCUUAGAUUUUAAAAAUUGAAAUCAAUAUGCAAAAGUGCAGCAUUAUUUGGUUGAAAA